GUGCGCCGCUAUAGCAUCCGCGCCGACAUCCACUACAAUGCAGAUGAGAACCUCAUCAUCGCCAUGUUCGAGCUCCCCGGCGUGAAGCGGAGCGACCUACGUGUCACCAUGGGUGUGUGCCCGUUCAGCCGUGUGCGCCAGAUAAACAUCGUCGGCAUCUCUCGACCCCAACUACCUUCGCAAGGACACGGCGUGCGUGAGCGCAAGUUUGGCCAGUUCAUGAGGACGCUGCCCGUCCCUCCAGAGACGAAGCCUGAAGACGUUACUAUCACUCUUGAGGACGGUAUCCUCACCUUGAAGAUACCCGGCGGAGCUCCAGCACAGGUCGAGGAGCCGCAACAGAUCCCCAUUUCCUGA